CAAGCGGUCUAGAACCCAACAAACAGCUGUCCCGCCAAAAAGUCCCCAAUACAUUACCAGAACUUACAAAGAACUCUUUGAGUUUCGCGCCUCGCAUUUUUGUUUAUACUUUGCUUUUGUGUGUUAUCAUUAUCAAGUUAUCAGUGCAUCAGGUUCCCUUGCGAUAAGCCCAGGCUCUACCACACCAACUCUCCAAUACUCUACCUUCGACUCGCCACAGCCCAGAAGAAGAAUGUCCUCCGGAAAGAUCCUGCCACGUCGCCAGGCUGUCCCAGUUCUCUACACCAGGGGGACGCACUAUGAGGUUGGAUUCGAUAUGGGCCGGACAUUUGGCUCGAUGAUCAAGAACUUUCUGAUCUUGUCGAAGCCCCUGAACGAGACCUACUUGCCGCUCUACCAGUCCCCAAAAGGCCGGCAAAUCUACAACGAGACCCUCGAAUCGGUGAAGGACAGCUUCCCCCAGUAUGUCCGCGAACUGGAGGGCGUGGCCGAUGGCGCGGAGGUGGAAUUCCAUAAGCUAUUCCUUCUCCACCUGGACGAGAUCCUGCCGCAGGCUCUGAAGCACCAGCCACGUAACAAGAACCAGCCCACUGGCUGCUCCACCAUCAUAGUGAACCAGAAGAAUUGCCGACUUUUGGGCCACACAGAGGACGCCCUAACGGAGACCCUUAACCAUUACUACUUUGUGGUGGCCCACAUCAUCAGCGACAAGCCGCAGGGCAAAUACAAUGUCAAGGAGGAGCACUUCAUGUCCCUCUGCUACGCAGGACACCUGCCGGGCUACACCAUGAACCAGAAUCACCAUGGACUCGUCUUCAGCAUCAAUACCAUCAGUGCGGAGCUACUGCGAAGUGGAAAAACUCCUCGUCAUUUCCUCACAAGAGCUCUGUUGGCCACCAGCAAUGUGGACGAUGCCUUCCGGGUGCUCAAAGAUGCAGGAGUGGGCGCUGCGGAUGCCUGCUCUGUGAACUUCACCUUUCUGGCUGACCCCCGUCAGAUGUGCUAUAAUGUAGAGGUGGCUCCGUCACCGGAGCGGAAGAACGAGUCCUAUUUGAGUAUCAAGGAGAUACCUAUUGGGGAGCAUAACUACCACGUCAAUCAAUUCGAUCGGAUCCGCCAGGACCAAGCCAAUGAGCUGAUGAUUGACUCCAGCAUCUCCAGGAUGCAGACUUUUGGGACCUACAAGCCGCCAAUGAGCGAACAGGAUGUCCGGCACAUGCUGGGCGACGUGUCCGGCGGAGUCUACUGCGUGUGGCGGGAGAACGGCAGCUGCGACGAGGUGGUGAAGACUAUUGCCGUUGGUAUUUUCGAUCUCAAUGCCAGGACGAUGUCCUUGUACUCGGACAAUCCCAGCGAGACUCAGCCCCACUGCCGUCUGCCCCUUCUCUUCAAGUAGUUUCUUCUCUUCGUUGCCUGCAGAAAAUCCAGAAAUCUCUUCAAACUAAAAUAAGUUGGAUCACUUUGAUCUCCAAAUCGUACUCAGCCGGAGGGAGUAUGUUUCCAAAACAUUCUCCCCUGGUACCAAAAGAUUACUUAACGACUAGGAUAUGUUGACUUUCAGAGGUUUCCUAAAUUCGAUUCUAUUUUCUAUUUUCCACACCAUAAAUACUUAUAUGCAUUUUAAAGCUCAGACUAACCAACUAUACAAACUAUACCUUAAUGGUACCUAUACUUUAUCAACAGACCACAUUAUAAAGGUCUUUUAUGGCAUUAAACUUAAUCAUUUCCUA